AUUUCUUAUCCUUUUUUAAAUAGGUACUACCAAACUAAUCAUACGGUCAGGAUCUACUUGUCAGUGGCAAAGGAUAUGCCACCCAAGGCAACGUUGCAAUUUGUUUAUUAUUGCUACAAUUGAGAUUUGCGAUACAGAAACUAAGGUGCAUGUGAUUCACCAGCUGACUAAGUUGUUCUAUUGAUGAUUGGUCUCGAGUAAACCAAGGCCUUGUGAUCCAAAACAAUUAUAAAAUCUUAGAAUACUUGUACUCCUAAUAUAGUAAUGAAUUAUUUAUUCUUUUCUUGGCAGUUAAUUUAAUAUACCCACAUUGCUGGACUUGUCUCGGGCAUCUCCUCCAUAAAACUUGAAUCGUAUUGGUCAAGGCACUGGGGUUUGUUUGGCAUGCCUCAAACCUCAUGAAAAAUGGAACUUUGGUUUCCGUGAGGGUCUUUGAGGGGAAUCUUAAAUUCUGCAAUAUUAUACUUAAUCUCAAAUAUUAUAUACUUACUGUCGAUGCUGAGGUGGGAGUGUGAGAACAAACUAGCAGAGUCUUUCUCAAAUAAACAAGGUUGUCGCUGAAGUUGUGGCUAAAAGGGAGGAGCUUCUAAUUCUUACCUUCGUCUGAGUGAGUCUUUUUUUCGUUGUCUUCGUAUACAGGACAGAAAAUGUUAUGGUAUCAUCCGUUCAUACUUCAGUCUCACAGCUCAAGGGUGGUAGCUAGUAACUGACAUGAAGGUGGAGUGAUGCCAUACCAUAAAAUGUAUGUAUGAACAUUCCAACAAAAGGAUACCAUCAUUACAGAAGCUGAACAGAUCCACUAUGGAGAAAAUUGUUAGGCCUUGCGAUAAAGAAUACAUGAGAAUGACCAUGCUAAAACACCAAGACACUUUCAAAGAGCAGGUGUAUGAGCUUCACCGUUUGUAUAAGAUUCAGAAGAUAUUGAUGAAAAAUAUGGAAGCCAGCAUAGGUUUUGAAGUAAACCAACGAGGAUGGAACUUAGAAAAUCUGAUUAGUUUGACUCAAAAUGGUUAUCAUAAAGGUGCACAGAAAAAUCUUAAACUGAAAUUUGAUCUUGAAAGACCUGCAACGGAGGACAUAGCAGAAUCUGACGGUGAUCAAGUUCUAGAGAUUAUAAAUGAGAGUGAGAUUGAGCUGACACUAGGCCCUUCAAGUUACAAUCGUAAGAAAAUGGAGACAUCACUAACUUCAGAUUCGGCACAUAGCUUGUCUUCUUCUUCUUCUGGAUCCAACCUUAUUAACAAGACAAUAUUGAAGAUCCCUCAUAGCAGUCAUUCAACUAUGGAAGAAUUAAAUGGAGGCAUGAUUGGCCUUGUCCAGGUGCCACAAAGUGGAAUUAGAAACAGUUAUGAUAUUGAAGAACAAUCAAGACAAGAGAGUUCAAAACAGCCACCUUGGUUUUUUCAAGUAUUGAGUCUUAACACGACCUAAAAAUAUUCCAAGGUCAAUGUGAUGUGAUGCAUACUUAAUUACUGUUUAAGACUAACUUUGUGAUGACGUUUCUGUGAAAAUUUCUUCUUAGUUAUCAAUGAUGAGGGUGUGAUGAUAUCUUGUAUAAAGGUUACUUGUUUUCAUUGUUAAACAAAUCCAUUAUAAUUCCGGAA